AUGGGGGAGCGAUUCGACCGCGCGAUGCAUGCCGUGAACAUCAACACCAUUGAUGCUAUCCCCUGGCUCUAUCCCUUCGACACUCUCGCCGCUGCCGGCAACAUCCUGGUAGAUGUCGGCGGAGGGUUAGGACAUGUCAGCAAGCAGAUUCUUGCCGCCUACCCGGACAGCGGUCUGCAAUGCAUUGUGCAAGACGUCGUUGCCUUGUGCGAAUCCGUCGAUCGUGUGAAUAACCUCAAACUGCAGUUGCAUAGCUUUUUCGACCCCCAACCCGUCCGAGGUGCUGCGGCUUACUUCUUUCGACACAUCUUUCACGACUGGGCAGAUGAUGCUUGUGUCACGAUUCUUCGGCGGACAGUUGAUGCAAUGGAUGUAGAGCAGAGUAGGAUCCUUAUCUGCGAUCAAAUCAUGGAUGAGUUGAAUCCCUCUGUCGCUUCAAUGCUUUACGAUAUUGACAUGAUGUCCUUGUUUGGCGGUAAGGAGCGCAGCUUGGGCCAGUGGGAAGACUUGUUGAUGCAGGCGGAUCCCCGGCUCUACAUCCGUCGUGUGUGGAAGAAUGCAGCGACCUUGACAGUGAUUAUUGAAGUGCGUCUGAAAAACUCCAAAUAA